GUAAUUAUGAAAAUAUUUUUGUCACCGUUUCUUCGACGCUAAAUCAAUUUCCUUUGCAGUGGCAUGUCGAGGCAGGACUGGUAGCCCAGUUUGUUGAACUGCCUGACCUCAUCGCACAAAUGGAGCCGCCUGAGGAAUGG